AUGUCCUGCUGCAGGAGCAACGUGGGGUGCGCCCGGCGGGGCCUCGGCCACCUCCUUUUACUCCUGCAGAAAAAUGGAGCAUGGCAUUGUUCAUACACUGCAACACGGAAAAACCUUUACAUGACUAAAGAUACAAAGGUCAUUUGUCAAGGUUUUACUGGCAAACAGGGUACCUUUCACAGUCAGCAGGCGCUGGAAUAUGGCACCAAUCUAGUGGGAGGAACUUCACCAGGCAAAGGGGGCAAAACUCAUUUGGGGGUUCCCAUCUUUAACUCAGUGAAGAAGGCAGGAGCGACUGCCUCUGCAAUAUAUGUGCUGCCUCCAUUUGCUGCUGCCGCCAUCAACAAAGCCAUUGAUGCGGAAAUCCCCCUGGUGGUGUGCAUCGCUGAAGGUAUUCCCCAGCAAGACAUGGUUCGGGUUAAGCACCAGUUGCUUCGUCAGAACAAGACAUGGCUCAUUGGCCCAAACUGUCCAGGAGUCAUCAACCCCAGAGAAUGUAAAAUCGGCAUAAUGCCUGGCCACAUUCAUAAGAAAGGCAGAAUUGGUAUCGUAUCAACAUCUGGAAUUCUAACGUAUGAAGCAGUUCAUCAGUCCACUCAAGUAGUACUGGGACAAUCCUUUUGUGUCGGAAUUGGAGGAGACCCAUUCAAUGGAACAAAUUUUAUCGACUGUCUGGAGGUCUACCUGAAGGACCCAAAUACCAAUGGGAUUAUUCUGAUAGGCGAGAUCAGUGGAAAUGCUGAAGAAGAUGCUGCUGAAUUCCUUAGGGAAAACAACUCCAGUCCAGACUCUAAGCUGGUUGUCUCUUUCAUUGCCGGAAUCACCACUCCUCCCGGCAGAAGGAUGGGUCAUGCUGGGGCCAUCAUUGCUGGGGGGAAAGGGGGAGCAAAAGAGAAAAUUGCUGCCUUGCAGAAUGCUGGUGUGGUUGUCACUAUGUCUCCUGCUCAACUCGGCUCCACUAUCUACAAGGAGUUUGGGAAAAGGAAAAUAGUGUAG